CCGGCUCCGGGUUGGGGGGGGCGGGGGAAAAUGGCGGCAGAACUGCUGCUGCUCAGCGAAAUCGCCGAUCCGACUCGUUUCUUCGCCGACAACCUGCUCAGCGCUGAGGAUUGGGACCGCACUCUCUAUAAUUGCCUUGAUGAAGUGACUGAGGAUCAAGUUCAGCUCUUCAGAUGUCUGGAGCAGGAUGUCCCGUUUGAUAGCGGCUCCAUGGACAUGAAUAUGAACAUCACCUCUCCUGAACCCCCAUGGGACCCACUGCCUAUCUUCCCAGACCUACAGGUGAAGUCAGAACCUUCUUCCCCUUCUCUCAGCUUUGAGUCUUCACUUCUGUUCACGGAGCCCCUUGGCCAGGUUUCUGUGGGGGAAGAGGUACUUGGUGUGAAGAUAGAAUCUCCUAGCUCUCCACACUGCCUUUUGGGGAAAGUUCUGAAACCUUCAUUUGGAGCUGUCCAGAUUAGUGUGGGCUUCACCCCAGAUGACCCCUCAGAUAUACAGACCAAGACAGAAUCCAUCUCAUCUUCUUCCUCUCUUAGCUCAGAGACCUCAUUGCUCUCCGAAGAAUUCCCCAGUAAGCCCUUUGUAGAAGAGGAGUCACUAGGAUUAAAAAAAGAAUCACCAGCCCCUCAACUCUGCCUUCUAGGAGAUGUCCUAACUUCCCCAUUUGGAUCAGCUCAGAUUAAUGUGGGUCCUAACCCUGAAGGUCCCUCAGGAAAGGCCCUACCCCACCAUAAGCCACCAUUGCCACCAAAACCUGUUAUGGUGACAAAUGUCCCAUUGUGCCUCCGAAAUUCACCUCCUAGUACUACAGUUGUAUUGCAGCCACUAGGCCAGCCUCCACCAGUCUCAUCUGGAUCUUCUGUAGUCCUUUUCCAGGGACCUGUACAAGUACAACCACCUAUAGGGGAGGGGUCAGCCCCCUCCACUCCCAGAUUGGAGAGGAAGAGCAUUGUUCCAGCUCCCAUGCUUGGGACUCCAUGUCUUCCAGAAGUGGAUGCAAAGGUGCUGAAGCGUCAGCAGCGGAUGAUCAAGAACCGUGAGUCAGCCUGUCAGUCCCGGCGGAAGAAGAAGGAAUACCUGCAGGGGCUGGAGGCCCGACUUCAAGUGGUCCUUUCAGACAACCAGCAGCUCCGCCGUGAGAAUGCAGCUCUCCGACGACGGCUUGAGGGGCUGCUGGCAGAGAACAGUGAGCUUAAGUUUGGGUCUGGGAACAGGAAGGUCAUCUGUGUCAUGGUCUUCCUCCUCUUCAUUGCCUUCAACUUUGGGCCUGUCAGCAUCAAUGAAGUACCUCCAGCUCCAGCCUCACCUCAGAUGGGCAGGGAAGAAUCUUGGCCCCAGAGGCACCUCCUAGAGUUCUCAGAGCAAGGGGUAGUUACCGGGCAGGACACCCAGGGCAUACCACUAGGCCACAAAGAAUCACAGCCCAGAUCUGCUGCAGGCCAGCCAUAUUUCAAGAAUCUAACAACCUUUUCCAAGGGAGCCAAGGAGCUAUUUCUGAGAGAUUUAGACCAGUUUUUCCUCUCUUCUGACUGUCGCCACUUCAACCGGACUGAGUCUCUCCGGCUUGCAGAUGAACUUAGUGGCUGGGUCCAGCGACACCAAAGUGGAAGAAAGAGGAGUUCUCAGCUCCGUAAAAUUAGAGAAAAACAGAAAUUUCACCAAUGGAAGAAACCACCUCCAGCCUGGUCAGUCCCUCCUCGACCCUCUGGUCCCCCUGAAAGGGACUCCGUGGGGCAGCUGCAGCUGUAUCAUCACCCCAGGCAUCCACAGCCAGAGUUCCUAGAUGCCAUUGACCGUCGGGAAGACACAUUUUAUGUUGUCUCCUUCCGAAGGGAUCACCUAUUGCUCCCUGCAAUCAGCCACAACAAAACUUCUCGUCCAAAGAUGUCUUUGGUGAUGCCAGCCAUGACCCCCAAUGAGACCCUGUCAGGCCGGGGAAAUACAGGGGACUAUGAGGUGAUGAUGCAGAUCGAAUGUGAGGUCAUGGACACCAGGGUCAUCCACAUCAAGAGUUCCACAGUGCCCCCCUCCCUUCGAAAGCAGCCCCCUCCUCCUUCGGGCAAUGCUUCAGGCAAUCCUUUGCCUUCUACACCCAGCUCUUCUAGGCAAACUCCUCAUCAGCCCUUCUAUCUUAGUCAUCCCUAAACAGCUCUGACUUGGAUUGACUGAAAGCUGAGAAUGAGAGAUUAGAGAAUGAGAAUCUCUACUUCAGGGUUUGACAUUUAUAAGGCACUUAUUUGAGGGUGGAACUGUAACUUCUAUCUAGUUCCCUUUUCUGUACAAAAGUUCCAUUUUUUUUUUUUUUUUUGGGUGGGCUCCUGCACAUACCUUUUAUUCUGCUAUUUCUCCAGUGUUGGGGAUGGAAGUUAGUCCCCAGGUGGGACUAAAGUUUUUACAUUUUGUGGGGAAAUUAUUGGGGGGAAAAGGGGAAAGGGGAUGAUUGAGAGGUAAUUGAUGUUUGUGUGUUCUUUUUUAUUAUUAAAUAAACAACUGAGAGGGAGUGAA